CUGUAGAACAGGCAGGCUUUGCUAAAAUCAGGCAAUUAACAAACGAAGCAAGCUGCACGUGGGAAUAACUCCGUGGUCUGCGCUUGUGCUAUUUCGAAGUGUUUCCGCUUUAAUCCAUCCUCUUUACCUUUACCGCGUUUGCAAUGUCUGAUCCGCGGCUGCGCCAGCUCACGAUCAAAACAGGUGUGGUGAAGCGGCUGUCGAAGGAGAAGACUGUUUACGAGAAAGAGGUCGUAACCCAGCAGAACCGCAUCGAGAAGCUGAAAACCACCGGUUCCGACGAUCAUGUACUACGGAAGCAGGACGAAGUGCUGCAGGAAUCGAUGAUGAUGAUACCGGACUGCCAGCGACGAUUGGCCAAAGCACACGAGGAACUGUCGGAGAUGCUUAAAAACGAGGAAGAGCUGAAGGAAACAGAACAGUACCAGACGGCGUUACAAGUGCUGGAGGAAGCGAAAGUGAAUCUACCGCAGAAAAUUACUGCAUAG